AUGUCUGAUGAAGUAAACAUUCGUCAUAGCAAUCGAUUUACUCCGCAAGAAGAUGCUCUUCUCAAGGAACUCGUCAAAAAUAAGCAAAACAAAACAUGGAAGGAAAUUGCACAAUUUCUUCCUGGAAGAACAGCCUGCCAAUGUAGAGAUCGUUACAACCAGUAUUUAUUUAAAGAUGUUGUGUCAAAACCCUGGACAGUUGAUGAAGAUCGUAUUAUUAUAGAAAAAUAUAGAGAAUUUGGGCCCCAUUGGGUAAAAAUUUCUCAGUUCUUGCCUGGCCGUUCUGGGAAUAAUGUUAAAAAUAGAUGGAACAGCGCCCUUCUUCAAUAUCACGGAAUUGAACAUAAUAACGUAAAGCAAGAAAGAAGAUCAAAACGUGAAAAGUGGGAGACGACUUCAGACAUGAUUAAUGCUGAGUCGGUGAUGAAUCUAAUAGAACAGCAAGCAAUGAAUGAGCUAGAAAAGAAUUAUGAAAAAAUUCAAAUUGGUAGCACAAGAAUUGAUUGA